AUGCCAUCACAGACCUUACCACCCAGAGCAGCACCUCCCCGUCAUGACAUGUCUGUUGUUCUUGUCACAGGAUCGUAUGACCAUGACAUCCGCUUCUGGGAGGCUUGGAGCGGUAUAUGUUCUAGGACUAUUGUGAGGAAAGAGGAAUCCGGUCAAGUCAAUCGUCUUGCUAUUUCGCCCGACAAGCGCUUGCUGGCUGCUGCCGUUCAUAAGAAGAUAAACAUAUAUGAAGUAGGCAGCACUUCAUCUACUCCCCUCAUCGUCUUCGAAGGACAUAAUUCCAACAUUACAUCGGUGUCUUUUCACAGCGAGGGCAAAUGGCUAGUGACGGGAAGCGAAGAUGGCACUAUCAAGAUCUGGGAUCUCCGAAGCACCCAUUUGCAUCGGAAUUAUGACAACGAGGCUCCAGUGAACGAUAUUGUAGUGCACCCGAACCAAGGCGAACUCAUCUCGUGUGACCAAGCCGGCAGAAUCAAGCAGUGGGACCUGUCGGAAAACAUCUGUACGCAUGAACUGACGCCUGCAGGUGACACACCCAUGCGCUCGAUCAGUCUUGCCUCUGAUGGUUCUUGCUUGGUGGCGGGUAACUACAAGGGAAAGUGUUACGUUUGGAAGAUCAACGAAGAGAAAUCGGAUCUGCCUAGGUUUCAGGCAGUCACUAAAUUCCAAGCGCAUAACAAGUAUUUGACCAGAUGUUUACUAAGUCCCGACGUGAAGUAG